GUCAGAAUAUCGUGAGACGCUACUAUGAGAGUCUGGAAUGCACGCACGCCCAAAAAGUAGGUGCCGUACACUAGAUCCGUGCAGCUUGAAGCUUUGCGGAUUUCAACCCUGCCGGUGACAACUGAGCGGAAGGCCAGGUCUCGUCCCUCUCUCGUCGAUAUGGUGUGGCAAACGAGCAAGAUUGGACCGAUAGAAGACAUCAAGCGAAAUGUCGAAGAGGUCAAGGCUCAUGUGCAAAAAUUCUCCAAGCCGGAUCUGUACCUGGCCAUCCGAGCUUUGGUCGUGACGGCAGUCCUGCACGUCGGUUUCUUUGCUGCACACCCCAUUGCAACAAAGCAUUGGGCCUUGUGGGCAAUUCUCGUAUUCCACAGGGGAGUGCUGUACGAUCGCCUCUUCGUCAUCUUCCAUGACUGCUGCCAUGGAAGCUUCUUCAAGAGCAGCAGGGCCAAUCUGUGGGUGGGAAGAUUCCUUGGGUCCCUGCAAAUGACAUCGUACUCAGGCUGGCACAAGAACCACAACAUAGACCACCACAUGAACCUUGCCAAAGAUGAUCAUCCGAUGGUGGACCAGACUUCAAUGGUGGGAUGGACCACAAAAGAAUGGGAGUCUUACUCGCUGCCUAGAAAGAUCUUCCUGCGCUUUGCCAGAGACCCGAUUUUCUUUUUCACCUUUGUGCCAACAUUCAUCUUCAUGGCGGCCGGAGUGCACAACGGCAAACUGCCCCUGAUUGAGAAAGUGGUGCCAUCUCAGCCUCCGUACCGCAUCCAUCCCAUGGAUCCUAUCGACAGAAUCCUGCCCACGCUGCUGCCUGCCCUUCAGGCUACCACGGUAGGGAUCAUCUUGUUUCAUCUGCAGCAUGCGGCGCACAUCCCAAACCUCUACUUUGACAUUCCCCGGGACGAGCAUGACCGUGACCUGGCAGGCCUCAUGGGCUCCACCUUUCAGUACGUUCCUGAGUGGCUCAAAUGGGCGACUAAUGGCAUCGAGUAUCACCACAUCCACCACUUCUCCACGCGCGUUCCCUCCUACCGCAUCCGCGCCUGCCACGACAGCGCGCCACCCGCCACCUGGCGCUACGUCAAAUAUUUGAAUUUGGAAAUGGAGCUGCAGUCGCUCCUGCUUGUCAUGUGGAACCCGGACAAGCAUCGGUUUGAAUCCUUCCCCGAGCUCAACUGGCUGCUGGGCAUCAAUGACUCACCCUCAACUUAUCUUACUGAGCAGUCGCUACCAAAUCUUUCCACCAAGGAGGCGUGAGCAAAAGAAGAAUGAAGUAUUUGUGGUGCUUGAUAUACGUGCUUGGUAUUUCAUGUACUUGAGGUGCUGACAUGGGCAGUGCUCUUUGUAUUCUAUUCUGAAGGCUUUCGCCAUCGGCUAUUUCAUAUGGAUGAAGGCCUGUGUCCCAGCACCACACUUGCAGGGUUGUUUUCUUCCUCCCGAGUAGCUUUGCUCUUGCAUAGACUGCUUGUGGCAUCUGUAUGAUUAGGGAAUUCGGAAGAAUGAAUUGAAGAAUGCAUGCUGAACGUACACCACUUCGAGUUAACAAUGUGUACUGUUUCUUCUUUGUUGAACCCGGAAUGUUUGAUCAGGAGGGUUUCAUGCAUGCCUUUUCUUUGGGAAGUACAUCCAAGUAUGACAGAAGUGCUACUGGCUUGAUGGUCAGCAAUUAUGCUGAAUGGGGCUUAUGGCCCAUUUGAUUAUGCGAUGCCAGACACUUGUACACUAUGCAAACGGUGGUCUGCGAUGGGAGAAAAGGAGCCAUUGUGUUCCCUUUGAAGAUGUAUCAUCUAGGGGAGGCUCUUCUCGCAGAGGGAUCUCUAUCCACUAGAUCUUUAAAACUACUUAGAUAUAGAUCCCCCUGUUUCCCGAGGGCCCAAGGUUUAGAAUGAAACAAUUUGUGGGUAAGUAAGAUAUCAAGAGGGAGACAGUCACGAUUUGAGAGAAACUUUUGGAGUAAUUCAAAACUCUGAAGCGUGUGUGAGUCCCUCCAAAUGUGGUCCAGUUGUUGGCAAUUACAUCGGUGUAAAUAACAUAACUUCCAGCCCGUUUGGGGCUGAUUCAA